GCUGUUCGCAUACUAUUCAGCACUCACAUCUAGAAGUUGGUUAUUUCGUAUACUUACCCGAGUACUUAUUGUCCAUAAUGUAUAUUUGUGGUCUUGUGGAUAACAACAAAGAUUUUCGUUAAUCAGGUAAGGUCUAAUAUUAUGACGUGAUUGCUUAAUAUUUUAGAUAACGUUUUAGUUAUAUUCCGUUUUUAAACAAUACAUACCAUCGUAAUAUAUCAAAUUAAAUCCAUGCACGUAUAAUUAAAACGAUGAGAUAAGAAGUUGCUAUAUAUCAAAGUACGCUAAAAAAGAAUCGAAUUCGUACAUUGGAUUAAUGCGUAUACAUUUAUACGUUAUAACAUGAUGAUACAACACAUAUUUAUGGUUCAUUCAUUAUAUUAUAUACAAUGGCGUAUAGAACGUUUACUACACCACUUAUUUCCAGAAAUUCAUUCGUCUGGAAAAAUCAGCGAACCCUAUCGAAUGGAAUACAAUUCAAAUCAAAAUCAAAUGAUACCAUAUGCCUCAUCGAACAAACUGUCACGAAAAAGUUGUCUAUGGGAGAUCUUUUCCCUCAGAUAUUAUCAAGUAUAGUUGCUUUUUUGUUGGUCACUCAGCCUGGAAUCAAUAUGGUUUAUUCGAACAUAUUUCUGAAUCACUAUGAAUUUACUGAUGUUUCAGAGUUGUCUUGGUUAACUAGCAUUCUAGUAUUGUGUACACCAAUCGGAGCGAUCGCGAUUGGCAUCAUAAUGGACCGGAUAGGCAGAAAAAACGCGUUUUUACUCACGACCGUGCCGCUCUUGAUAUCGUGGUCGAUCGCUUCGGUAGCUCGACCUGAAAACAUGAGUUUGAUCUACGCGUGUCGAUUUUUCGCUGGUAUUGGCGGAGGCAUGACGUCCAUGGUCGUCGUUUACGUCUCGGAAAUAGCUCACUCUUCAUAUAGACAAGUGUUGUUGUCGCUGAACAGUGUAUUUUUUUCGGUCGGCGUACUGUUCGCAACUAUGGUUGGAUCGCUGUUCCAGUGGCAGACAGUCAACGUUAUAUUUUUCAUAUUCACGGCCGUCACAACAGUACUUCUAGUCAUCUUUCUACCGGAGAGUCCGGUUUGGUUAGCUAAGUUCCGGACCAAUCGUAUGUACGACGCCAGAAAUUCGAUGAGAAGAAUAUAUCCAAAAAACAAUCAAGUGUUUACUGAGGAGCUGGACUGUCUGUACUUCGCGGCGAAGACGACGACGACUGCGGAUGAAACGGCGGUGCAUGCACAACCGUCGCACUGCAGCAGCUGCGGACGAGCUAAUCGACAACGGAAGCGGAAGUGGAGCGGCUGGUGGCAUUCACCGCAGCCGCCGACCGUGAUGCGGCCGGUGCGCGUGCUGGCCACCGUGUUCCUGUUACAGCAGCUAAGUGGCUGUUACCCAGUGAUAUUCUACGCCGUGCCGGUCAUGCGGUCGGUGGCCGGCAACGCGGCCGUCGGCGGACCGUACUCGGACAUGGACGUGAUGGUGGCGCUAGGCGCUGUCCGGCUGCUGACCAGCGUGGUGGCGUGCGUGCUGUCCGCGCACAUCGGCCGCCGGCCUCUGCUCAUAGCGUCGUCGUUGGCCAUGGCAUGCUCGGCCGCCCUGGUGGCACUGACCUGUGGCCCGGAGGCCGCGCCGGUGUGGCCGCUGAUCGGCGUCGCCGUGUUCGCGUGCAGCGGCUCGGCCGGCGUGCUCGUGUUUCCGUGGACGCUGAUCGGCGAACUGUUGCCCGUCUCGGUCCGGGCAGCGGCCGGCGCCGCGAUCGUGGCGUACGCGUACACGCUCAUGUUUGUCGUGCUCAAAGCGUUCCCGUACGCGGUGGCCGACGGCGGCGACGGCAGUGGACGUCCCGUGGCCACGACGUUCGCCGCGUUCGCCGCCGCGUCGCUGGCCAUGGCCGUGUAUGUGUACGCCCGUCUGCCCGAGACGAUGGGCAAACGGUUCGACGAGAUCGAAGCACACUUCGCCGACGACAGCGACAACGACGACGUUGACGACGACGACCACCACCUGGCCGUCACUAUCAAUCACGACGCUUGCUCCUAGACGACUUAUUUUCGACGCCGCCGUGAUAUCGGCGGCAUAACGCAUGUAACUAAUAUAAUAAUAAUAUAUAAUUAUAUAUAUAAUAUAAUACCUACGCCGCCGUGUCCCGUUACUGUGAGACGGGCAAUAAUCGUUACUUAACUGCAGCAGUUACUAUAAUAUUACGUGUAUUAUACGCACUUACUAUAAUAUAUUAUGUAUGUAAUAUAGACUGGACGGCGAGCGGGUUAGAAGAAUGAGAAUAUCGUGUUAUAUACAAUAUUGAAUCGGUUUGCCGACAUUUGACCGGAAAUAAUGUUCGUUUUGUAGGAAAAAUAUUUUCUAUCUCUAGUUUUCGCAUUGUUAAAAUAUUUUGAUUUUGUAAUUUUUUUCACCUCAAACUGUUAUGUCCGUGAAAACUGUAAAUGCCAACGACAGUCAGCAAUUUCACUCGGAAUGGUAACGAAAUCAAUGAUUUUAUUAAUAUAUGUGUGUGUGUGUAUUGCAUUCAUAUCGAGUAAUUGUGCGUUCGCAAAAUGGACAAAGUUUAUAACCAUUUAGCAAAAUGGAAACGCUUUUUUUCCACUUCGCGUAGGUUACAUGUACUUAUCGAACAACUGGCGAACUCGCGUUGGUAUCUCCAGUACAGAAACUAUUUUGUUACCUAUAUGAAAGUUGUUAAUUACCUAUAGUAUCAUAGUUGUUUGUUCAUAAUAAAAUUACACGAUUAUUUCAACUAAAUGGAAGCGUUUAUCAUUUAACUAUACCUACAUUUAAAGUUGGAGACUAUGUGGUGAUCAUUCCAGUUCCUAAGGUGGAUAAACGUCGUUGGAUUCGGCGAAAAUCAUUGGAGUAGUGGUUAAUUAAAAAACUGAUAUGAACCAAUUGGGAACUGAACAUACGUAGAAUUAUUAAAGGUUGGCAUGAUACGUUAAGUGUUUGUCCAUAAGACGGAACUAUUUCCGUUAUGUGUAGUUUAGGUAUCCAUUUCGUAAAAUUUUGUCCAGAUAGCGGAAUUACGCGAAGUGGAAAAAAAGAGUUUCUAUUUCGCGAAACGUACAAUUAUGAGAUAUGAAUGUGAUAUAAUAUAUAUAUUCAAUAUGGUAGUGUGACAUAAUCCCUUUUGCUAGCUGCACCAUUUGAUUUAUACACCCGAAUGACACGAUGAAAUUGUGUCGUAAAAUAUAUUGUGAGCACUUCGUUUCGUACCUUUUGUUGAAUGGUGUUGUGACGAAGGAUCGAAAGUGCGUUCGCUUCCACGUGGUUGCAGAAGAAAUGAGGUCGAUAGAAUAUAAUAUACUAUUUCUAUGGUGUAUAAUAUGGUUUACAAUUACGAUUGUUAUGAAAUUAAAAGUGCACUUUUUUUUUUA